AUGCUCAUCGAUUUCGCCCCAUUGAGGUUGCCAUUGUAUCGCCGGGCUCAGACAGCAGCUGUCCUCCAGUGGGUGUUCUCCUUCCUCGCCCUCGCUCAGUGCUGCAUUGCCCUCUUUGUCUUCCUCCUCUUCACCCGUUUGUGGUUUGUGUCUGUGCUCUACGCAACAUGGUGGUACUGGGAUCGCAACACGCCUUAUCGAGGAGGCCGGAGCUUUCGCUUCCUCCGGAGGUUGAGGUUGUGGAACUACUUUCGGGACUACUUUCCAAUUCAUCUUAUUAAGACUGCAGACCUGGAUCCCAAGAAGAAUUAUAUCUUUGGUUUCCAUCCACAUGGCGUAUUGGUAGCUGGAGCCUUUGGAAACUUCUGCACUGAGGUGACAGGGUUCAGGGAAAUGUACCCCGGGCUGAAGCCACAUCUGCUGAUGCUACCUCUCUGGUUCAGGAUACCAUUCUUCCGGGACUAUAUUAUGAGUGGAGGUCUGGUGCCAUCAGCCAAGGAGAGCGCACAGUAUUUACUGAAGAGAGCAGAAGGUGGCAAUGUCGCUGUCAUUGUCAUUGGAGGUGCUCCAGAAGCUCUGGAUGCUAGACCAGGAGCAUUAACACUGCUGCUGAAGAACAGAAAAGGAUUUGUCAAACUUGCUCUCCAGUACGGGGCGUCCCUAGUUCCAGUAUUUUCCUUUGGUGAGAAUGAGGUAUUUGAUCAGGUGAACAAUCCAAAGGGUUCACUGUUAAGAAAGAUCCAGGAACGUUUGCAGAAGGUGAUGGGAAUAUCACUCCCCCUUUUCCAUGCCCGUGGUGUAUUCCAGUAUAGCUUUGGCCUCUUACCAUACAGGAAGCCCAUUUACACGGUGGUUGGCAAAUCCAUAGACAUGGAGAAGGAAGAAAAUCCAACACAGCAGGAAAUUGAUGAAAUUCAUCAGAAAUACAUCGAGGAACUCAUCAAACUCUUUGAGGAGCACAAACCAAAAUAUAAGCUGGCUGAGGAUAAGCACCUAACUUUUAUCUGA